AUGGACGCGCGCCGGGUCGGCGGCCGCAUCGCGGCGGCGCGGAGGGCCCUCACGGGCGCGGGCGCGGGCGCGCUGCCCCUCCCGGUGCGGAUCACCAACGGCCUCGCGAUGGUCUCGCUCGUGCUCUCCUCCUGCGACCUGCUCCGCCUCUGCAGCGACCCGGGCCGGCCCCUCAGAUUCCCCCUCGGCGGCCGCGAGUUCGCCACCGUCGUCUGCCAGCUCGCCUCCGUCGUCUACCUCCUCAGCCUCUUCGCCGUGCCCUUCGCGCAGUCCGCCAGCGGUCGCCGCGAGGAGGGGCAGGACGGCUCCCGCCGCUCGCCGGCGGCCGUCGCGCCCGCGCCAAUGCCUGACUGCCCGGACGACGGGGACGAGGAGAUCGUCGCCGCGGUGGUUUCCGGGGAGCUCCCGUCGCACCGUCUGGAGUCGCGGCUUCGGGAUUGCCGCCGCGCGGCCAGGCUGAGGCGAGAGGCGCUGCGGCGGAUAACCGGGCGGGGCCUGGAGGGGCUCCCCUUCGAAGGGAUCGACUAUGAGGCCAUUCUGGGGCAAUGCUGCGAGAUGCCCGUCGGGUAUGUGCAGCUGCCGGUCGGGGUCGCCGGCCCGCUGCUCCUGGACGGGCGCGACUACCAUGUUCCCAUGGCCACCACUGAGGGAUGCCUCGUUGCCAGCGUUAACCGCGGCUGCAGGGCCAUUGCAGCGUCUGGGGGUGCCUUCAGCGUGCUGCUCCGUGACGCCAUGUCCCGCGCGCCCGCCGUCAAGUUGCCUAGCGCCAAGCGGGCAGCGGAGCUCAAGAUGUUUGUUGAGGCGCCUGCCAAUUUUGAGGCGCUGGCUGCUGUCUUCAAUAAAUCAAGCAGAUUUGGUAGGCUACAAGGUAUUCAGUGUGCACUAGCUGGAAGAAACCUUUACAUGAGGUUUACCUGUAGUACUGGAGAUGCUAUGGGGAUGAAUAUGGUGUCAAAAGGUGUCGAAAAUGUCUUGGGCUACCUGCGGAACAACUUCCCCGACAUGGAAGUCAUCAGCAUAUCUGGUAACUACUGUUCAGACAAGAAGGCUACUGCUGUAAAUUGGAUAGAAGGUCGCGGGAAAUCUGUUGUUUGUGAGGCUACAAUUAAAGGAAGAGUUGUGCAGAGUGUUCUGAAAACCACUGUGGAAAAACUUGUCGAGCUUAACAUUAUCAAAAACCUUGCUGGGUCAGCUGUAGCUGGAGCUCUUGGAGGUUUCAAUGCUCAUGCAAGCAAUAUUGUAACUGCACUAUUCAUUGCUACUGGCCAGGAUCCUGCGCAAAAUGUUGAAAGCUCACAGUGCAUCACCAUGUUGGAGGCAGUGAAUGAGGGAAAAGAUCUCCACAUCUCUGUGACCAUGCCGUCCAUCGAGGUUGGUACAAUUGGAGGGGGCACCUCUCUCACCUCACAGGCCGCGUGUUUGAACCUGCUUGGUGUGAAGGGCCCAAAUCAUGGCUCGCCGGGCGCGAAUGCUAGACUUUUGGCUACCAUUGUAGCGGGCAGUGUGCUUGCUGGCGAGCUCUCUCUCCUCGCUGCUCUAGCCGCUGGUCAGCUUGUGAAGAGCCACAUGAAGUACAAUCGAUCGAGUAAAGAUGUUGCGAAUGCUGCUUCGUGA